UUUGUUCAGUUUACAAUUUACAUUUGAUGAUGCCGAAUAUGCUAUUUCUCGUUUUACAAGUGAACCAAAAGCUUAUGUAAUCACACGAGUAUUAACAUUGACUUCGAUUUGUGAUAGUCCAUUGAUUGUUGUUUUAAAGUAUUUAACAUUUGAGUGUCAUCACUCGUAUCGGCAUUCCACAUGAAGUCAGUCAAGUAAGGAUAUGAAAUAUCCAAAUUUUUUUCUGGAGAUGCAGAAUGACUGUACGUCCAAAAAAUAUUCUGGAGAAUGAAAAUUCCUCUAUUUCUGUGUGCUACCAAACUUUACAAGUAGAUGAGCCAUCCGGAAACUUAAGCCCCCCAAACAAAAGAUUAAGAUUGUCACUUAAAAGACAGAAAAUUGUUGGUUCGACAAAUCAUUCCAAAAAAGCAUUCCCUUCAACAAGCAAAGAAAAUAUAUCUAAAGAAAUGCAGAAUAUUCGACCAAACUUGCUAGACCCAAUGAGUUUGCAUGUUUCUUACACUGGAAGUGGAAUGGGCCUUAUUACUCCACCCUAUAGCCGUAUGGAUAUGAAUGGUGAAGUCGAUAUCUACGAUCGGGAAAGGCCAUUGAGAUUAGAGCCAUCAUCAAAUGAAAAAACCCCUCCUCUUCCACCUGUGGCAACAUUAUUAAAUCUCGGCAACACUUGUUUUUUAAACAGUGUUUUGUACACAUUGAGGUUCACUCCAGGUUUUGCUCAUCUGCUGCAUCAUUUGGCUACUGACCUGACUGAAAAAAAGUUGCUCCUUUCAAAUGGAGGCAAUGAAAAAAAAAUGGGAUUUCUUUCAUCUGGUAGUCCUGGACUAAGGACCAAGUCCUUGUCUUCCCUGACCCCAUGCAUCAUGGACGAUAACAAUCUUCAAAUUAAUCCCGUCAAAAGGAAGACUCUCGUUCUGACCGAGCGUUUACAUGAACUUCUUCAAACUUUGCAUAAUGCUGAACAAAAAGGUGACCUUAGUGAACCUUUUCAAGCGGAUGCAUUUUUACAAGCUCUGCGCGAUGUGAACCCACUUUUCCAAGGAAAUCAACAGCAAGAUGCCCAUGAACUUCUUGUUUGCUCUUUGGAUUACUUACGUGAAGCGUGCCAACUAGUCGACAAAGCUCAAAACAAGUCCCUUGAUGAAAACACCGAAACUGGAGUAAAUGCUGAGCACAGCGCAGAAUUAAGCAUGAAAAGGGGCAAACAAAACUCCGAGAAGAAGAAAAAAAGUAAAAAAAUGUUUCCUGAUAAAGAAAAAGAUGUUAAAAAAGGAAAACGGGGAGUUGGUAACAGUUCAUUUCCCAACAACCCUAUAAACUCUGCCUCGGACAAUGACCAACUUCCAACGGUAGUUGUGGAAGAAACAAAUAAUUCCAGCUCAGAAACACGUGAUUUUAUUUCAGAUAGUUUUGAAGGGGUAACCGUUCUUAGAACUACUUGCUUGGAGUGUGAAUACGUCACUGAAAGAAAGGAAUCAUUUAUGGACAUUUGUGUUCCCAUUACUAAUGAUUGCCCUUCUGGAGAUGAACCGCAACAAAGUCCUUCUGCAUUCUUUGCAUCCACCUUGAUGGAAGUGGAUUUUUUACGUGACACCAAUAAGUAUUGGUGUGAACAGUGUGUCCGCUAUAAUGAGGCUCGCCGGUCAGUCCAUUAUGAAAAAUUACCAAGACUUCUGGUUCUUCAGCUGAAACGUUUUUCCUUGUCAUUUGGAUCAACUGUUCACACGUCAAAAGUUAACGAUUAUAUGCCUACCCCAAUGCAAUUGGACUGCUUCUGCGAACAUUGCCAGGCCAUUCCGGACUCGCCAAUUCAUUCUUACAAACUAUAUGCCAUCAUCAUGCAUUUGGGAGCCACCAUGGCGUCCGGGCACUACGUAGCUUACACUAGAGUGUGCCCAUCUGUAGCUGAUUAUGCUUCAUGUCCUCGGGCUAAAGUUGUUCCUAGUUCGUUGUCACCCAAUGCUAGCAGGACGAGCGCGGAACGGAACAGCGGCAAUAGUAAUAGCGGAGGAGGUAUACUGCGAUUUUUUAAACCCAAAUCAAGCACUGCCCUAACUGCAGAAUCCAACAACACUCCGGGAAACUCAACUCCUCCAACGUUGUGCAAAUCUAUAACCUGUUGCAGUGCUAGGCCACGUAAACUCUUUCCGGAGCAUACCGAAAAAGAGAAGGACAAAGAGAGCUCUGGGAGGGAGAGUCCAACUAGUGGCAGUAGUGUGAAUAAUACAAACAUGUCCGAGGAUGUGUGGCUGGAGUGUGAUGACGAAGUCAUUCGUGUACUGCGUAUGCGGGAACUCGAGGAUCUACUAAGUCGUAAACCACGAACUUCUGCCCUUACACCAUACCUUUUAUUUUAUGUUCAGAUAAACCAAUCUGGAGCUAAUGUGAAGUAGUCCCUGAACAAAGUGUUAUGAGCCAGUUGAAAAUUCAUUUAUUGCUUGCACAUUUCUUUAUAUUAGUUGUUUUGCUAUGAUUUUUCCACCUUGCUUUAAAUUAUCUGAUCAAGUGGUGUAAUAAAUUGUAUUAAAACAUUCA